AUGUAUGGGCACAGCAUCAAUUCUACAUCUGUUGAAAGUGGUAAUGAGGGCUCCGCCGCGAUGAACAAGAGGCAGCGACUUUUCAACCUGGUCAGAAACACCAAAAACAGCUACAUACAGGGCUGGACUUCAAACCUUUCCCAAAGAACGGCAGGCAGCGACGAGAACCAAGCUUAUUCUAAUUUGCCACUAGAUAUGGAGAUUCUGUUUUAUCCAACUUAUACGACAAAAAUAAAGAACGGGUAUGAAACGAUUGUUAGGCUGGCUGUAUGUGCUCCAGGGAACCCAGCUGGUCGCCGAAAUAGGUUUUUGCUUUCUUUGUGUAAGCAGUUUUUGAAACCAAUGAAUUCGGAGGACUAUGAUAGUGGAUUAGCGUCGAAAUUCGAUUCUCUGAAUCGUGAUGAUCAGUCAAGUCUGGGUCAGACCACCAGCAGUUCAAAUUCGAGUGUGAGUAGUGUCUCCUCUCGAAGCAGGCCUGGGCAAGACGAGAUAGAGGUAUUGAAAAGCAGAAUAUCCGGAUUCAUGCUACGAAAAGUUCCAAAUCUACCGAUAAUUGUAGAUCUGUUACCUCAGCAGAAAGACGCGCAAUAUGAAACUGCUUUUGCCAACACAGAUAAUUUGGGCAAUUUGUCGCUUCGGAUGGUCUCCAGCUUCUUACCCAGAGAGUUGCGAAUUACUUUAGAUACUCCCAGCGAUUUUCCAAAAGUCAUAACACAGCAGUUUCCAUGUGAUUAUAUCGAACCUACUGGGUACGGAGUGAUCAGUGAUAUUGAUGAUACUAUCAAGCACACUGGCGUCACUGGCGAUAAGAGAUCUAUGUUUCGGAGCGUGUUUCUUAACGACAUUGAUUCAUGGCUGAUCAGCGAGGUUUCCCGAUGGUAUAACGCUUUGAAAGAAAUCUUUGAGGCAGAUUUUUUCUAUGUAUCGAAUUCACCGGUUCAGACAUAUCCAGCUCUGAAAGAGUACGUUACUCGACAUUUUCCCAAAGGUCCUUUAUUUCUUAAGCAGUAUUCGGGAAACCUGCUUGCAAGUAUAAUGACCUCAAGUUCCAACAGAAAGAUUGGCGCUAUUACUCAAAUUUUCAACGAUUUCCCGCAUAAAAAGUUCAUACUGAUUGGAGACUCAGGAGAAUUAGAUUUCGAAACAUAUGUGUCUGUCAGCCUUCAGUAUCCUGAACAGGUGACCGCGAUUUAUAUCCGAUGUUGCAAAGACUCCAUGAGUGACCUGGGUUUGAGAGAAGCAGAGGUUAUGCAAGAACUGAAUGACAUCAUAAAUGAAGAAUAUCUAAUGACACCAGCCGUACAGGAAACUGGGAAUAGUGACAGUCGAAGAUCUGGACCACCUGUGCCGUCUCGGAAACCAAAGUUGACGCCCGAGCAAGAAAGGGAAAUUUUUGAGUCUCGUCAAAUUUCGCAGGCGGCGCCGGCCUUACCGCCAAGACCUACCAACGCUCAAGAUUCUGAUACACUAUUUUAUUAUACCCCAUCAACGCAGAACGAUUAUGGUACCUACAGCUCAUUUUUUGACAAGCGGGGAGACAAUUGGAGAAACAGAGUGAAAAGUGGUGUCAGAAAGCUGAAAGAUUUGCAGAAAGAAACGGCCAUAAGGGUAAUGUUCUUCAAGGAUCCUGAACUACCCUUGGAGGAUUAUGUAAGGCAUGUUAAGCAUGAGUAA